AUGCAGGCUCGCAUGAUGCAAGAGAAGCUGAGAGAUGUCCGCCGAUUAAUCGAUUGUCUCGAACAAGACCUGUCCGAGAAAAAACUCUCGUCUGCGCAAAAGGUUCAGACGCUUUUGGCUCUUCGUCAGCAUGGCACGAAUCCGGAUAAUGCAGAUCCUAUAUACUCAAAAGACGGAAUCGCGCUUUUAGUGAAGUAUGGCGUGGACGGGGACACGCCUGAUGUUCGCCGCGCCGCUCUGCGCUGUAUCGCGAACGCUCUCCUGUUGAAAAAGGAGAUGAGGCAGAUUUUGGUUGAUACACAGUGCAUGGGAAGAUUGGCGGAGAAGUUGAAGACCGAGAACUCCGACGAUGAGAUGAUCGUCUCGCGGAUUUUGUUUUACACUACAUACGACACAGACCUGGAUUUUGGCAAACUCUUAGCGCAACAUUCGCUAGCCGAGAAUAUUCAUUUUCAAAUCAUUCGACAUGCGAAGCAAUUUCCCAAAAAUGGAAAGAAAACAUGUUCACCAACAGACGAAUUAGCAUUGAGCGACGUUCUCAAACUAGUCUUCAACAUUGGGAAGCUACACCCUGCUUUGGCUGACUCGUUUAUUCCGUCAGUACCGUAUAUGUUGAAGAUUAUCAGUCGUGCCGACAUUCCUCCACAGCCUCUUGACGGACUUAUUGGAUUCCUUGUCAACGCCCUGUCGACGUUAGAUCUGACAGAAAAGUCUGGAAAGUUUGAGAGCAAUACUUUCUUCCCAAAGUUUAAUCAGAACUGUAACGUCGACAAGCUGAUCAAUGUCUUGGAUACGGCUGUGCGGGUAUACAAGCCGGAAGACAUGGAGACUCGCGUAGUCCCUCUCUUGCACUUGCUUAUUACGAUCUACGAACAGGCGCCAGAAGGCCCAAGGAAGUACAUGGAGUGGCUACUGCUUCCCGAAGAUCAAGACCGAAGCGUACCGAUCGGACGCAGCGACACACUAUCCUCCAAGUUGCUUGUCCUGUCAACAACACCGUCCGUGCAUCUCAAAACGACAAUUUCAGAGCUCAUGUUUGUCCUCUCUGGGAGAAACGCAGAGACGUUGACGAAGAAUAUCGGAUACGGAUACGCUGCGGGUUUCCUCGCCUCUCGAGGAAUGGAAAUUCCGAAGGAAACGAGCUCGAGCAGUCUGAAUCCUGAUAUCAAUCCGAUCACGGGCCAAAGAUGGGACGCGGGGCCACAAGAUACAGGGCCUACAAUGACUCAAGAAGAAAAGGAGCGGGAAGCCGAACGGUUGUUUGUGCUUUUCGAGAGGGCUCGAGCCAAUGGAUUCAUCUCCGAGAACCCUGUCGCCCAAGCAGUCCGAGAGGGCAGGUUCGAGGAACUUCCAGAUGAUGCCGAGAGUGAUCUGGACUGA